AUGAGUAGUGCGGCAGAGAGAAGCACUGUGGAGAUUGUGGACAUGAGAAAUGUGGAGUUGACUGGCGCCAGCACGGCAACCUCAGCCUCAGCCGCCGACAUGACCAGCAGCAACGGUGGAGUGCCUGCCAGUGCACUAUCCUCAAGUGCAUCCUCUUCAAUCAAUCGCAAGCACAUGCGAACGCACACUGUGGGCAACCUCAACGGGCACUUCUCCAGUGCCCUAGUGCCCGGAGCGCUGACCAAGUCACUGCAAAGCUACUUCUCCAAUCGCCUCAUUCCGACGUACAGUCCGACGAAAAUUGAUCCCACUGUGGCCAUUGUCGUGGCGGAGACAAAGUCAGCCGCCAGCACGUCAACAGCGCCGGCAAUUCGCGCCACCAGCACCAUCUUUGGCUUUAUUGACUUUACCACGGUGGUGAACAACACACUGCUCAUUUUCACACCCAAGGUGAAGGCGGAAAUCAGUAGCACUAGUAAGAUGAUAGCUCGCAUUGAGCCCACCCGAGCGGCCAUCUUCCAUGAUUUUGUCAGCUCAACGGCGACAGGCAGCUCACUGAUUGAUCCACUUUUCGAGAUUGGCAGCACUGGACAGCAGGAAGCUCUUCCGAUUGCCAGUCGCUCCUCGUCAUCCACUUACGAGGCUAGUGAAAGUGGUGCUAGCCAUCACCUCAUCACGUCAUCAUCAUCGAAAGAGAAGGGGGAAACCGAGCCACUGGAAAUGAGCAGCAGCUUUAAUGAGCUUGACUCGAGCAUGCCACUGUCGAUGUCAUCAGCGCUGGUCAGCGGCAUCACCACCAUCACCAGCGGCUUUAUCCUCCCGAGCUUCUCCUCCAGUUUGGACGAUCAGCAACUGCAGUCAGCCAGCAUCAGCAGUGGCGACGGCAGCAACAACAUCGCCGCAACGCCAGAUGUGAGCACUGUCGCCAAAACAGCCGUUUUCAGCAUCAAUGAAGUCGCAAAUGAAUCGCCUGAGCCGAGCUCCGCGAACAGCAGGCAAAUCACCUCGAGCAGUGUACUUCCGGUAGAUAGUAGUGAUACAGUGGUUCAGCCGACCAGACCACUGAAGACAUUCUACACUACCUACACGUACUACACUACCUUCAAGGAUGCUCAAACGCAGUUUGUUCACAGUCGAAAAGAAGUGGUCACCAAUGUUGUAGAAAUGCAACAGCAAAUUUCCGCCUCUUCAGCGUCAAGUCAGCAAGCGAGGGCGAGCAUACAAAGCACCUCAACCCGCCCAACAUCUUCGAUGGACUUGAUUGACUCGUCGACAGUGUCUCCGGAGGAAACGGCCAAGCUUAGCUCCACGCCGAGUUUGCUUGAUUCGAGCAUGAAAAGCCACGAUCCGGCCGGCACUGGAACUUCAGCUCCACUGAACAAGUCCUACCUCGGAAAGCUGCUGUCGGGAAUAGCUGUUCCCAUCACUCACUACACCACCUUCACCUACUACACGACCUUCUUCAAGGAUAUGACUUCUCAGAUAGUGUCCCGCACUAAGGUGGUGUCCAACGUCGUCACGGGAACUAUCAAUCUAAAUCAGGCAAUACAAAAACGUUCCACUGAAUAUGCAGCCAGUCCACAGGACAUUGUGCCGGAAGGCGCAGAAAACUUGCCCAUUGUGAUAACGCCCGUCACCGAAUACGCUACCUCUACUUUUUUCACCACUUUCUUCGUACCCGGACAGGGCUCUACUGUGGUCACCAAUAUUCAGACACUCUCCAAAGUGUACCUACCUGAGUUCAGUGAAGUAAACCGACAUCGACAGACUACAGCAACCACUAUCAGACCGACGGCCACAACCAGGUCGUCGCUGGGUCGCUUGACAUCAAGUAGGUCUGAUCAAAUAACUCGACAGAUCAACGGUCUGCCUGUUCUGGAAAAUGGCGAUCUUCUUUUGUCCAGUGCCGAGUCGGCCCGAACUGCAGAGAGGUACUCUGAAGAGCCUGAAGCAGAGCUGAUUAAGCCGACGGUCACUCGAAAGCGAAUUGUCGUCACUCGAACGAGGUCUCUGCCGAACGCCGACUCCUUGAACGGUCUGCCUCGCAGGUCUACCGUCGUCGUCCGUGGCCCUCCGCGAUCACUGUCCGACGUGGACACUGCCCCAUCCUUCACCGAGGAUCCACAUGAACACCAGUUAGGUCGUCUGCACCCUUCGGUGACGCCUACUCCGGUGACCUUCUACACGACGUACACGUACUUCACGACGGAGCUAGUGAACGGCAGUCCGGUGGUGCACAGCAAUGAACACCUCUUCAGUACGGUUAUCACCGGGAAAGUGCUGCCCACUCGCGUUCAGCCGACACUGCAGCACCAGCGAGUGAAGCGAACCGUUGCCGUGGAGCCGUCAGUGGGCGGCAAUGAACUGGCAGAAGAGUUCACGGACAAUAAAAUCGACAACAAGUCGGCGAAAAUAAUCAAAGCCAAGUCCACUGGGGUCGUCUCUGAGGUGAUCAACAAGAGUGGCAUUCACACUGUAGUCACUCAAAUAAUCGGCACGCUCAUCAACGGUUUCUACGCCCAGUUUGCCGUCACAAAGACGCUGGAGCCCCAGCCAAUGCUGGCGACAACUGCCGACAACAUUGAGACGAACAAUCAGGUCGAUCAGUCGGAAACGGGCGAAGUGCCGAGCACAACUGAAAGCACCACUGAAGUGGAAACUCAAACUCAAACUGAAGCAGCAGCAAUGGCAGCAGAGACCACUACUGCAAUGUCCAGUGAGGCGACAGCAGACGCAGCAGCAACAACAACUGAAAGCAAUACUACGGGGAACGAGGAAGUGACUACUAUGGUGAACAUCAUCGAGGAGUCUAUUGAAAGCAUCUUGAAUGACACGGAAAAGAGCACUUUGGCAGACAAGAGCGGCUCAAAUUCCACCGAAAUGGAGAAGUCAAAAGUAGAAAGUUCUAUUUUUGCCUCCCACGCCGGCAAUGUCUCCAGCGUUUCCAGUCGACUGGACCAAAAGACUGCUUCUUCGACUGAGUCGGAAACUAAUUCCCCCGCUGUCAGCUCGCCGCCCUUGCUGCCAUCAGUGAGCUUCCUCUCCGACACCAUUGGCACCAUUGUCUCUGUCAGCAGCCCCACACCUACACUCUCUGCGUCAUCGAGCAGCAGCAGCCACUCAGUGUCUGAGACGGUGAAACCCGACUACCGCACCGGUUUGAUCUCCUCCACUGUGGAGUCAAUAACCGCAGGCAAUCAGGUGACUCGCAUCACCCGUGAAGUUUUUGGUACGUAUAUAGCGGGUAUUUAUGCCCACCUGGCCAAGACACGCUCGGACACUGUGGGACUGUCCACCUCUGCUACUUCUACCACUACUACUACCCAGACACACCUCACUACUCCCACACCCACUGCUUCUUUCUCUCUGCCUGCCUCUUCUGCUUCUUCCGGGUCUACUUCCUCCUCGGUGACUGCCAUCAUGUCCCUAGUUUCACCCUCCACUCUUUCUGCCUCUUUUCCCUCUGCUUCCACUGCGUCACUCUGGCCCACCCCGUCCCUGUCUGUGUCUGCAAGUCCACUCUCCACCGAGGAGGUCAGAAGCAGGUCGGAGAAUGAUACACUUGAGGAGUUCAUUGCGCCCAGCACCAGUUGGUCCAUGUUGCCUGGCCUCUCCACUGUGUCCCUCUCCACUGAAACCAUAAACCAGACCAUUUUAGUGCACACCACCGAGUACUACACCACCGAAAUCAAUGGCUUCACUGCACACUACUCGCGCAGUACAUCGAACAUUGCCGGAACGAUUGAGCCGACCAGCAGCAGCGUCCCUAGCAGGCCUUCAGUCCACUUUCCUACGCCAGUUCGCUUUCUCUUUAGUACCAAGUCCCCUGAAGCGCUGAAGCCAGUGUACACCACCUCAUCGAACAUUAUCGAGCCACCAAGAGCUUCGCGUAAAUACAAAGAGCUGUACGGUAAUGAGCACGACUACUACGAUGAGCCUUAUGCACAGCCCAGUGUUGGCCACCUUCCACGAAGCCGAAUCAUUAGGGAGAAAGAUUCACAACCGGUGGUAGAGUACGAGUAUGACCUAGACUAUGCGGACAACUCUGAGCAGGCACACUCGCCAGAGCAGCCAAAGCCGACGCCCAGCUACGCCAGUGAGGCGCACUACCAGCCCUCCACUUACGGUCAGGUCAAUCAGCGGGCUCAGCAACAGGCGAGAACGUACAACUCCAUGAGCUAUGGUGCCACGAGAAGGGGCUCCUCGGGAUUUGGAGCUCGAGUCAGGUCGGGUGGGGGCAAUCAGGAGCGUGUCGCUUUAGAGCAGUCCAUUCCUGCGCCGGUUCGAGUCGUCGAGGAGCACACCGCCCAGCCAGUGCAGCCUCGCUCGCGACAGAACAAUGGGGGUCGUCAGGCGGCGGCAGGUGCCGCUAAUCGUCGUCGACAGCCAAGUCGAACAGCAGCCAGUCCUCCCCCGGCGCCGACACGUUCUCUGGACUACUACAACAUCAACGACUACUCCUCUAGUCGAUAUCAGCCGCCAAUGGAGGAUGUGAGAGGUGGUGCCAGCUCGGUACCGAAUCGAAAUGAAGCAACCGGGCCUAGUGAGUACAGACGACCGAUAAACCGACAGCGACAGCUAAGUCGGCAACGACGUCCUUACUCGAGCACGACCACAACGACGACCACUACGACGCCUGCUCCUCGCAACUACGCCUUACUGCCCAGUCAAAGACUUCGGCUGAAUCGCAGGUACAACAACAACAACAAUAACAACAAUAAUAAUAAUCGCAAUCGAAUGCACGACACCACUCCGAGCAAUACUCGCAUGCAGACGAUGGACCAUGAUCUGAAUCGUGAACGAAGUGAAGUGCACAAGGAAAGAGUUCGCUAUCGAGGCCCCAGCAAGCCAGCAAACUUUCGCCAGUACGGUCAGCAGCCUAGUCGACAGACAGUCCCUCCUCGUGAGACCUACCAGGAGAUGUACCCCGCCAAUUCAGUAUACUCCACACCCACAGUGCCAAAAGUGCCCCUCACGGUGACAUCCAUUGUGACCACAGUCAAAACAGUGCCAAUUUUCCACGGCUUCAGGACGUCCUACGCCACACUGACCACUACCACACUGAGCACAUCAGUUAUACCGCCCAGUCUGUAUGAGACCAGUGUCGAUGAGGACGGACAGAGGACGCAAACUCUCUUCACCAGAAUGACCGACUCCCUUGAGCCCCACAAAGUGACUGAGGUGCUGGUGACAACCAGUGCUCUGCAAGAGGUGAAGCUAGUGCCCAUCAAGUUCGGCUACAGCACCCGAACUGAGACGCUGACUGACGUGAAGACCUUCACCAUGCUCACCACCAGUGUGCACACUCGAAGUCAGGAGUUGCAGCUGCCGCCUCCACCUGGCUCCUCACUGCUGACCACCGUGACCACGUUUGUCAGCACGCAGACUCUCUCCUCGACGACGGCCGUUUCGCUGCUGCUGCACGGAAAGACGCUAGUCAGCACGCUGACUUUUACCUCGCUCUCUGAGGCGACCGUCACCAGGACGGAAACGCUGACGGUGGCGUUGACCCCCACGGCAGCCCCCGGCGCAGGCAUUCACCCUCAGCCGCUGGUGACCCUGCUGACGCUGUCCAUCACCGGGGACAAUGGCGAGGUGACCGAGCUGGUCACCGCACUGACCGUGCCUGUGCAGCAGAUGCUGCACACCAAGGUGGAGCGGGACGUGAAGCCAACUAGCAGCUUCUCACUGGACGAGCACAGACACAGACCACAACCAAACCCUCCUCUUCCUCCUUCUCCUCAGCACAUUGUGCUGGAGAGCUCUACCUCUGCUCCCCAUCUGCUCCACAAUAACUAUCUUUCCGCUUCCUUUAAAACCGUUGAUCAGUACUCGGAGACUCACCCUUUCUUUAUAACCACCAUUUUUAAAGGUCCCAACACUGAAAUAUACGAGGCGCAGGCGACCAAGGUUACCAGUAACUCUGCUGACAACGACGACAGCCCUCCGGUGAUCUUUCGCAAGCGUAAACUGCACCAGUUCAACGACAAUCUCUACAAGGAGCCAUUGCCAGUCCUGACGGCCGAUGGCAACUUCGAGAGUGAACGCAGCGGCGGAAUCAACAGUAAGCCACAGGCGGGCGCCAGGAAGCCGUCAUUUCAGCGGAUUCGCAUCAAAUCACGGCCCAAUGCUCCCAAGUCGCCCAGUGAGUCGCGGCUGAGUGAGUUCAAUCGUGUGAUGGGCCUUUCCGACGGCUCAUUUGCUGCCAGCUCCUCUGCCAACUCCUUCCGCCGUCUGCCCAUCUCCCGUGAGCCCCAGCAGCAGAACGUCUACAGCAGUGCCCCCAGCUCUGUGUACACAUUUCCCUCGUCCUCUGCCACCUACUUGCUGGCGAACAACUUCCAGAAGCCCACCUUCCGAAAGGUGAAGCCCGCAAACAACCGCCGCAUAGUGUCCAGCAUUCGCACCGUGCAGCCAAUCAUCGUCAGCUCGGUGAUUCAGCCUAGUCAAGUGUUUGCGUCCUCACUGCACAACUACAACUCAAAUUUUAUGGAGGUCGCCAAACCAUCACACUCAGGGAGCAACAGCAGACCUAAUGUUCACAAUGCGGCAGCCUUCCAGUCGCAGGCAAGUCACCUGCAGCCUGAGCUGCAACACCUGCGCAGCCCCGAUCACCACCACCACCGUCAACCAGUGAGUGGCAACACUCGUAAUCGAUUCAACUCAGUCGAUGGUCUGGAGGCCUUUGAGCCAAAUGGACACCGAAAUGAGUUCACCGACAACUACAUCGGCAGUCUGAGGGCGCCCAGCGCAGCUAUUGGCCUCUUUGCCACUCAGCCAGCAGUGGAGCCGUCAGUGCACACGCCGACCAUUCCACUGACGUACUACACCACUUUCACCUAUCUCACCACGGUCAUUCGAGGGCCUCACACUGCUCACCUGAGCAGAGAAAGUGUCACCUCAGCGGUCACUACGCGGGCGCUAGACAAGAGCAUCGUUGAAGUGGUUCGCGACAAUGAUGGCGUCAUUGAGCCCACCAAAGUGCUGCAGCUCGGAGUGAAGACAAAGGGCUUCACUACGACCGUGUACAACGCUGUCUCGCAGGUGCAGAUCUACAACGAGGACCUGUACAAUGUCAUUCAAAAGACGUACAAUAAGAACAUUCAGUUCAAACCAUGGCAAUCGAGCAGCGCCUACCAGCCGGUCUUUCUCACUAAUCACGUGGAGCCACAGCGAGAGUCCAGCCGAGUGUGGCCGCCGUUGAGCUCUGCUGAUUUGGACUUUUCCAGUCCACUGGUGGUGAACCCGAACAAGGUGAACCUGGAAAUGUCUUCGGCCAGUCACAUCGAAGCCAGUCCACCUCGCGGCAAUCACUUUGACUUUUCCACUGCCAGCCUUCACCUGGUGACACCGAUGCUCUCCAGCUCUGAGGAGGUUGUUGGCCAUCAUCAGCACGGUGAUCCACUGGGGUCGGUGAGUCGUACGCCGACCAUCGAGGAAACAGCCCUGCUCGCCGCCAGUCCCGUCGCCUCUCGUCCAGUGCGAAUCAGCUCGAGUGUGUUGGUGCGUAAGCCGUCCAACUCCAAGUACGCCUACCUUUACACUCGCAGUCGCCUUCGCGUUCGCGUUAAGGGCACAAACAGCGACAGUGCUGAAGGCGGCAGUGCAGUGCCCAACAGUGCCGUCACCAACACGUCACCGCUGUUCACCUCUUCAGAGACGUACGAAAUCGACAGCACUCAGGUGGCCACUGAGCAGGCGACGCCCUCAUUAAAACCUGGUCGCAUUCGAACAACUAAAUCAAAGAUCGUCUUCCGACCACGCAACUCCAACGCCGUACUGAGCACAAUCAAUCCGAAUAUGAUUCGAGUCAGCAGUCGUGUCUUCCGACCAAGUGUCACCUUGGAUCCGCUCACAUCGUCGGUUAUUUUAGUGGACAGCCCUGAUAACCUGCCCCUUGAUGAGUCUUCCGCCGGCAAUAGCUUUGAGCCUGAGCAGCCUGCACUGGACAGUAUUGCCCACUCUGACAAUGCCAGGGCGAACAAGUUCACCCGAGUCUCCAACGGCGUGACGCUGAUCAUCAGUAGUAAGGUGGCCACUCAAAACCGACCGUUCACCCUCGAGCCGACACUGGUGACGGGAGCAGCGGUGAUGAUGAAGCCCAUCGACCCCAGUGCCCCUCCAAUGCCUGACAUGUCCAGUCCGGCGGAGCCACGUAAGCAGUACAACACCUUUACUUAUCACACCACAUAUACACAGGGCGACAAAACGUACGUCUCCAGCUCGAAGGCCACCGUCGAGAAGGAGAGCAUCGAGCCGUCCACCACCACCGAGACAGUGCAAGUUCUAAAGACGAGCACUCUCUACUCGACGCUGACCUACUUUGCCACGCUCUUCAACGGCAGCGCCAGCACCAUCACGCCGAUAGAGGACGUCAAGACGGAGUACAUUACCUUCCCUGAGUCGAGCGUGGUCACGCGAACGAUCGAGCCGAGCAGACCCUCUGACGCCGAUCUGAUCACCCAAACGCACUUUACCACCUACACCAACCUGGCGACCGUCUUCUCUGACAGCAAGCCAGUGGUGUCCACCCUCCACGAGGUGGUCAGCAGUGAGGUGGUACUCUCCAAGUCUCGCUCCAACGCUCAGUACUCGAUGCCAGUGUCGGUGGCGAGCAGCAGUCAGUCGGUGAAGCCGAGUCGAACCACCACUCGAAGCACUCACACCACUCUGACUCACUUCAUCACGCUCUUCAGUGGGACGCACACCAUUCUCUCGUCCAUUGAGGAGAUCAGCCCGACGGUGGUCACCGAAGUGGUGGGACAGUCGAGCACCAGUUCACCCAGUGAACAGCACCGCCUCAACAUGCCGCACAUUCGCUUCACGCAGCCUUCGGCUGACCCUGCCAAGCAGACGAAGAACCGCUUCGGUGGUCUGGUGCCCAGUGUGAGCACGCUCUUCACUACGCACACCUACUACACGACGCUCUUCAGUGGCACUACCUCGGUGAUCCAGAGCAGAGAGGAGACGACCCACUCGCUGGUGACGUUGUACGUGCACAGCACAGUGGCCGCCAUUCAGCCAACGAGCACUGCUGCCGGCAUUGAGCCGUCAGUGCGCUUCGAGAGCAGCACCAUUGUCCCUGCAAGCAGCUCCUACGUGCCUGACCUGGUGGAAAGUAGUGAACACCAACUGGAGCCCAGUUCGGUCUUCCCUGAAGGGGCCUCCUCUGCAACGCCUUCCAUCGACGAUGAAUCGGCCAUUGUCUUCUUUACCAAUUUCAUUCUCCCAUCCAGUGUCACUGACACGGAGAACACCAUUGACCAAGCAAAGGGGCCGCUGAUGAACCACGGUCAGCUUAGCACACCGGGCGGUGCAAGCCAGAUCAGGCCUGACCAGGCGACAAAGCCACUGGAAAUGCCGCCAGUGACACUGGUUCAGGACGCCGCUGGACAGCCUAGCACAGCACAGGGCAACAACACCAUAAAACCAGGGGCAAUAAUUGAGCUGAGUGACUUACUUGAUGGCGCCAAUUUAGCAGGCAACAUUGGCGAGGCCAUAAAAGACAUUGUUCAGAUACUCUCCAAGGGCCAGAAGAGCAAAGUGCCCAUGGCAGGAGAGGAGAUUGACCGAACUAGUGCAGUGCAGGAGAUGCCCCCCAAGGAGGGCGCUACAGUUAGUCACCUCGACAAUCCAGUGUACAUUCCAAUGUAUCCAGCGAACAGUGAGACCAGACCGGAGACUACCUCAUCAGUGGAGAUACCGCCAGUGGCCUAUGUGCCUGCCUUCAGUUCGCCGCCCAUUGCUCCGACGACCACUCAGUCGAGGUCGAUGGCAGUAAUGCCCACGUUCAUCUGGUCAGGUGAACUGCCACCUGCGCCCAGCAGCAGCAUCGGCAGCAGUAGUUCUCUGCCAAAGUUGUUCUCAAGGAGCUCAACGUUUGUCCGAGCUCCAGUCGAAGUGACGCCUACUUUACUAGGCAGUGCGGGUGAUGAGAAGACGCGUUACUACACCAGCGUUGAGGCUACUCCCACGACAGUAGUGUUGACCACCACAAAGGUCUACUACACCCGCGAUGCCCCGCUUACCAUCACCUCGGAGUACGUGUCCACGCUGCCACCAAAGACGAUCAUUACGACGGUAGCUGGCACAAAAACGGCCAUCAACACCUACAGUAGCGAGAUAGCGGCAACAUCAACUCAGAAGCAGCCGGCCAUUACUGCAGUGCAUUCAGUGUCCAGCAAACCAGAGACGUCAGGUCGACCGAUCAGACCGACUCGAAAGCCCGGCGUGAAUCGAUUCAAGCCACCGACAAGACCAACAGAGGGCCCGAAGAUAUUCAAGACCAGUCACCGACCAAGAGCGCCAUACAAACCGUCGCCUACGCCGCCGCCUGAAUUUGUUCCAGAGGACAGUGGCAAGGGAUCGUUUAAAAAGUCGACUAAAGCCUUCAUGCCAAAGACUACAACUCGACCGUCUAUCCUUGAUCUGGACCAGUGCAAGCCAGCCUGCAAUGCAGCUAACAAGGAGAUCUGCAAAGAAUUUGCUGGCAAGUUCAAAUGCGAUUGUCGCCCUGGAUACACUAAAAAGCUGGGCAGUGAUACUUGCCAUGAACUGCAAAACUUUAUUGUACUAGUUCGUGUAACUAAACUGGGCGAAUCAGACGUCGUUUGGCAGUCUGACCUACUGAAUCGCACCUCAGAUCAGUAUAUGAACUUGGCAAAGGCGGCCCGAACUCAGUUGGACGGCGCUCACGUCACCGAGGAACUGAAGGACAACUACAUCAGCUCUGAUGUGAUGAGCAUUGAUCAGGCUACAGAUGGCAACGGUGUUCUGGUGAACAUGACCAUUCACCUCACUGAGAGCGGCAAUCUUGACGAAGACCUCUUGAAGGAGAAGUUGGCGAGAACGCUUGAGAAGUCUUCAGAACAACUGCCCAGCCCAUCGCAGAUUUACGCCGAUUUAGAGGAUGUGGCGGACUUUGACGAGUGCAGCUCUGAGGAGUACAACGACUGUGCCAGCUCUGCACGGUGCAUCAACGAGCUAGGCACCUACAAGUGUGAGUGCCUGAACGGCUAUCCCGAUCUAGAUCCAGGCAAUCCAGGACGAAUGUGCUCUUCAGAGAUCAAGGCAUGUGAGUUCUGCAACGGACGCGGUGACUGCUUCCGAGAUGAGACCGGCCAGAUCAGCUCUUGCAAGUGCCAUCGCAUGUACCUCGGACGGCGGUGUGACAUCAAUGGCUUGCUGACGCGUUGA